AAUCAGAACAUAUGCACUGGCCUGGGCACCCGCAUAAGCAUUAGACAAUGCCAACUUUGGGACAGUUACAAUGUGCAAUUUGAACCCUGGCCCUUGCCCUUUCCUCUUCAGUCUUCCCCACACCAAACUUUCCCCUUGCGAUCAUGUUUUUUGGAGUGGGGCUUGGGGAAGGAGGAUGGGAUGAGGAAGUGGCUGGUUCCCCUGCCCCCUAGCCCCCCAUUUCCACUCGCUCCUCGCAGGGAGCUCCCAGGGCAGGCUGCAGAGUUGGGAUGAUGAACGUGUGGGGUGGCUGGAGGGGGGUGUGGUGUGUAACAAUGGGUGCUUUGUGAGAGGAGGACUGGCUGUGGCAGGAGUGGGGGCCCUCUGCAGCGCUGAGCAGAGCCACUUCAUUAGUGAAUGUUCUCCCUCCUCCCUCCAUUCUCUCCUCCCUCUGUCAUUCUCUCUCUGGCUGUCGACAUUACACACUCUGAAGUCUGGAACCAGCCAGUAGGAGCCUGCGUGGUUUGUGUUGCGCUUUCUGUUUUCCGGUCAGAAGCAGGGUGGAGACGGGUUUUUCCGACUUUCUGGGGGUUCUACACAGCUCUUUUCGUACAUGACUACUGUCUUCCUCCUGUCCUAAGGAUGAAAAGGUGAUUCUCCUCUGAUGGCAGUGAUGGCAGUGCAGGCUGGCAUACAGAUGUGGUUCGGGGAGAAGUUUGACACGCCCCUGCAGAGUCCACGCAGCCCAUUGACGCUGCGCCAUGGGCCGGGCUUAGCCGAUGUCUUCCAGUAUGACCAGUGGCUGGCCGUGCGCCACGAAGCCACACUGGUACCCAUGCAGGAGGACCUGGCCAUCUGGCUCACCGGGAUGCUGGGAGAGGAGGUGAGAGCGGAGAGCUUCAUGGCGGAGCUGAACAACGGUGUGAAGCUGUGUCGGCUAAUUGGAGCUCUGCAGAGCAGGAUCUCUCAGAGCAGGGCCUCGGAUAUGGGCAAGUUGUUUCCCAUGAAGAAGGUGGCAUGUAAGUGCAAUGCCUCUCCAGGGUCCUUUUUCGCCCGCGACAACACUGCCAACUUCCUGGGCUGGUGUCGCCACAUAGGCGUGGAGGAGACGUACCUGUUUGAAUCGGAGGGCCUCGUUCUGCACAAGGAUCCCCGGCAGGUGUGUCUGUGUCUGCUAGAGAUCGGCCGCAUCGUCUCCAAGUAUGGGGUGGAGCCUCCGGUGCUGGUGAAACUGGAGAAGGAGAUUGAGCUGGAGGAGACCCUGCUGAAGACGACAGAGCCUGCUCCUGCAGUCAAAACCUUCACGGUGUGCUGCCAGCAUGGGGGCCUCUACCAGCCUGGGGAGCAACAUCUGACGGACGAGCCUCCGUGUAACUGCUCCCAGAGAGUAUCUAUUGAAUACCUGUCAGAGGGCCGUUACAGGCUGGGAGACAAGACCCUCUUCAUCCGGAUGCUGCAUGGGAAGCAUGUGAUGGUGCGUGUGGGGGGUGGCUGGGACACCCUAAGGGGUUUCCUGCUCAAGUACGACCCUGGCCGGGUGCUCCAGUUCACCACUCUGGAGCAGAAGAUCCUGGCAUACCAGAAGGGUCCACUGGUCCACGGCUCUGCAGCAGCAGCCCCUCCACCUGACAUGGACCCUCUCGCUGCAGUCAACCUCAUCCCCUCGUCUUCCUCCUCGUCUUCCUCUGGUUCGGCCUCCAAAGCCACCUGCACCCCCGUCUCGACCCCUACUCUGCCCAGGAAAGCAGCCGCAGCACCCAAAAAGAUCCUGCAGAUGCCCCUUCCCUCCCCCAAGAAGCCCACCCAGAAGCCCUUGCCAAUCCCCAAGAAGGUGGCUGCUGUGUCACCCACCCUGUCUUCGCAGCAGGGCCCAAGCCCUUCCAUUCACAGUGGCAAGAGCCAGCAGACGGCACCACUGCUCCAUUCCUCUUCUUCCCCAGUUGUGGCUCCUUCUGCCCCCAAGCUGAAGCUCAGGCCGUCCCCUCGCGGCGCCCUCUCCCAGCCUCGUAGCCCUGUGUGCCCCGAGCCCUCCUGUAAAUUUCCUAAACCCUCCUCCACUCCAUCCACCCACACCUCCAUAACAGUGCCACGUCCCGCCACAGCCCCAUCGAGGGUCCCCUUCCAGAAAGAGGGCCGACCCCCAACCGGCGCCACUCAACGCCGCCUGUCUCAGAGGCGGCCCGCCUCCCCGGCCUCGCGCCUUCGUCCGGAUGCUGCCAGACGGGUCCGUCCAACCCCCCGUGUGACUGUGCAAACACCCAGGCCGGCAACGGCCCAACCCACCAGGACACUAACCCCUACCCCCAGGACUGCCACCACAGCCCUGCCCAAAUCCACCAUCUCGCUCCCCAAGAGCAAAGACACCACAGCCAAAAGUCAGGCCCAAACCAGGGCUAUCCCCAAAGUGGUUGUGCCUUUACGUGGCGGCACCCCUGGGCGGUUAUAUGGGCUCCCUAGUGGCUCUACCGCUGUUGGCAAGACCAACCAGAGAACGGUACCAACUGCCCAGAGGGCAGUACGGAGGCAAGCGCCCUCUGCCAUCACCCCCUCUCUCAAACCGCUGCCCACCAUAACGGCCCCCCAAAAUACCAGCCCUAACAUCAAAGCCCUCCCUUCCCAAAAGAACACUGCUCUCACGAAGAAGACCCAACUCAAGAACAAAAGCGAGGACCCUUAUUUUGAAAUGAACGGCAGAAGGCAUCAGAAGACGUGAGACGUAGUUGGGGGACAUAGUAAUGUGAUGGGGAAGGACUGUACUGUCCUACUGAACAUUAGUGCUUCCAUCACGGUAUUUGUCUGAAUAAGUCCCCAACCAGGAUUCAGCAGAACACCAAUGUCCACACAAAUGUAUACCCAACCGGGUAUAGAUGCAGCAACUGUCAACACACAAGCUAGUGUUUAACUUUCAAAACGCCAUUUGCACCGCUACCAUUUUUAUAUUUGUUUCUCAGUUGGUCAGAUUUUUUAAAAUGUUACUUACCUUGUCUCGUUUAAUUGUCCUGUUGUCAAAAGCUCAUGCUUCAAUAGCAUUUGACAAUAAGUAAGUUUUUAUGCUGUCUUUGAAUGGGUUGAGAAGUGAAUGAUACUGAUUUUAUCUGAGGUCAGCUCAAUUCAGUCUUAAGCCGAACACCGAAACACUCAAUGGAAACGUUGUAAACCAACAUCCCAUCAACAGCCCUUUGUUUUCUUAUCCUUUUUCUAGAAUUUUGAGUGUUUUUGAAAGCUUUCUAACAUCUAUUCGUAGGUCUUGAGGUUCUCUACAGAGGGCUCCAUCUUUGUCCAUCUGAUACAUAUUUUUCUCUGCAUAUAAGUUAUACUUUUUAAACAUUGGCAUUUUCUUUUCAGAAAGGGUAAUUUCUGUGCAAAGCAGAGCUAACAAAGGCAGCACACUUUGAAAAUGUUAAUUAUUCAUUGCAAAGCGGGUUAUUGUAACCAACUGUUUGACAGGAAAUAUAACUGGACUGAAUGUUUGUCCUCGGUGUGGAUAAACUUUUCAUUGGAGGUUUGAUUGAAUAUAGACAUUUGUUUUUCUUUGUCACAGACUGGAUGAUGAUGGGGUGUUUUCUAUUUUAGAGGUCAAAUUAAGCACUGUUGGAAUGAUUCUCGUGUGCCUUUAGAAAUGACUGUUGCUGAGUGGCAUUAGAAUGUACUAGAAACUAGGGUUUUAAUAUUUUUUACAAAUGAGAAUUGCACAAAGUACAAGCGCUCGGACUGAGUUUUUUUUAAAGUUUUUUUUUAUUACAUGGUCAAAUCUCAAAUGAAUUACUACUGAUAAUAUGCCUGUUACACGCCCUUUGAACUCGUAGAGGCGCUGGCAACUAAGGGACGAGCAAAGCCAUUAAUCAUUUUCCAGAGGGAGAAGUUAUCGUGAGGUAGAUUUUAAUUUGUUUUGUCAUCUGAGUCUUUUCAUUGAUCAUAUUUUUACUUUUCUAUGUGGUUUUCAUGUCUAAGUUACUUUGUCUGUUUUCUUGGUCAGCACUUUAUGAAAACCUCUUGGUGCGUUUGUCACUUUGGAUGUUGUUUCUGUUGAUUUGUGUUGUCUGAUCUACCUUUGUUACAUUGUCCAAUAAAAGGCCAAACGUUGGCAGACUUCCUGCAAAACAUGUCUGUGCUUUAUAAUUG